AUUUACAAGAAUACCAUUUCUUUUUGGAGUCUGAAGAUUUUUCUUUGUCCUUUUGAGAGGCUUCACUUUUGCUGCCUGAUUUCUGCGCGCGCGCUUGUUUGUUUGAUGGGAAUAAUUUUCAGGGAAAAUACCCGCUCAUGGCAAAGUCAUCUUUUAAGGAUUCACUGAAAGCGCUCGAAGCUGAUAUUCAACACGCCAAUACUCUGGCAUUAGAUUAUCCAAGAGAGAAAGAUGGAGCACGUCUUCAAAUGCGACUCUCCUACAGUCCUGCCGCUCAGUUUUUCCUUUUUCUUGUUCAGUGGAGUGAUUGUCAACUAGCUGGUUCUCUUGGUUUGCUCCGAAUACUUAUUUAUAUGACUUACGCGGAUGGCAAGACCACCAUGUCAGUUUAUGAGAGGAAAGCCAGCAUCAGAGAAUUUUAUGCGGUUAUAUUUCCUUCUUUGUUGCAACUUCAACAAGGCAUUACCAGUUUGGAAGAUAGGAAACAGAAAGAAGUGUGUACCAUGAGGUACCGAAAGAAGGAUGAAUCUGAAAGGGGGAAACUCUCCGAAAUUGACUUGGAAAGAGAAGAAGAGUGUGGAAUCUGCAUGGAGAUGAACGGCAUGGUUGUUUUGCCUACUUGCAGUCACUCUUUGUGUUUGAAGUGUUAUCGGGAUUGGCACGGCCGAUCUCAGUCAUGCCCGUUUUGUCGGGACAGUCUCAAAAGGGUAAACUCGGGUGACCUUUGGAUUUACACGGAGAAGAGUGAGGUAGUUGAAUUAUCAUCAAUAUUGAGAGACAAUUGUAAGAGGCUGUUCAUGUACAUUGAUAAAUUGCCUCUUAUUGUCCCAGACCCUGUAUUUGUUCCUUAUGAUGUUCAUGUUCGGUGAUUGCUUUAAUAUUGGGGCUUCCAUCAUAAUUGUCUGUAUAUACAUAUAUAUAACUAGUAUGACUGUAUAAC